UAUUAAAUGUAUUUUUAGGCUGCAAUUGGCACAAUGGAUGGUAUCAUUGAUACAGUCUCUGGCUUUCAUUCUCUCUUGCCAUUACUUAACCUCUUGAAAUCAAAUGGAAAGCUGAUUUUGGUUGGAAUAUCAGAAAAACCACUUGAGCUACCAGCCUUCCCUUUGCUUACAGGGAGGAAGAUGGUGGCCGGGAGUGCCAGUGGAGGCUUGAAGGAAACUCAAGAAAUGAUUGAUUUUGCAGCAGAACACAACAUUUCAUCAGACAUAGAAGUUAUUCCAAUGGACUACGUGAACACUGCCAUGGAACGUCUAGCAAAAGGAGACGUUAAAUAUCGAUUUGUAAUUGACAUUGGUAACACAUUACAUGCUACCUAACUUUUGUUUCCUUUAAGGAUGUGUCAAAACCUGUUGGAGGUUUGAUUAUGUAGCAGUUUCAGCUUCUCUAUCUCUCCUUGUAUUUGGUUCAUCUUUCAUUUUUGUAUUUUGGAUAUUUUAUUUGAUGGCAAGUUUCUUUUGAUUGUAAGGGAUAUAUAAUGUAAUUUUCUAUUUAUGCUUAAUCCUCUAUUGUUAGAGUA